UCUUUUCGAAUAGUUUCAUACAGACGAUGCAAAUAAAGCAAAUAAAUUAACAGUACAGGAAAAAUUGUGUCGAUCGUCUUUUUUUUUCUUAGUUUUUUCUCGUUGAAUAAGUCACGUAGCAUCACAACUUGUUAGCAUAAAAGUGAGCUUUAUGCAUCGUGUAUAUGCCUGCAAUUGAGUAAUAUUCCAGAGAAGCUAUCGGUGGAGUAAAACGUGCGCAAGUGGCUCAGGCACGGGCCCACUUUCGUUUUCCGUUAUUUCACUUUCGCUCUCUCCAGAGACCUGCUGCGGCAGCAGAACGCACCUUUCACCGGCAUCAAACUGUCAAGUUGUUAAGCAACAUGCGUAUAGGUACUCUCCGUAUCUCUCGUUUGGGGUUUUUUUUUGUUUUGUUCGCUGCUCUUACCCCUUUUACCUAUGCAUGGAAUUUACGGGAAGGGUGAAAGCAGCAACCCCCAAAAAAAGUGGUUCGUAGCUCUGAUCUCACGUGGGAUCGCGCACAGGGGGGAACCGUUUCCGAGAGCGAAUCGGUACCACAGGCGGGAGAAUCCAUUUGCUCUCCGCUCUGGCAGAUAUGACGAGCUGCAUCUAGUGGGGAUCAUCUUUCGUGAGCUUGCGAGCUACGCCGUGGAAUCCAGCUCCACGCAGCUUCGGCCAGUUGUAUUCCGUUUAAUAAGGUAGUUCAGUCGUCUACCAUUGACAUUUGAUAAUACACCGCGAAAGUAUUCACACCGGGUAAGCGAUCGUGUUGUGCACCGAUCGCUUUGUGUUUCUGUGGGGCUAAUUUUAAAUUUGUGUCCCGAAACAUUUUUUGGGGCCUUCGUAGCGCAUCGUCGGUAGCUGGAUAAAAGCAUACUCGGGUGAGCUGUUGCGUUGCGUUGGUUUGCUACAAAACUCGACCGUGUCACAAACCGUGUCUUUGGCCGUGCAGUGCGAAAAAAAAGAGGUAUCUUCCCCGAAGAACCGAAACAACAGGAACGGAUAGUACGAAAGCAUUUAGGACGGACAGAACGUCCCACACGUGACCGGAAUCCGGAACAGGCGGAAUUACGUGCCACGAGAUUUUCGGGGGCCAUUUCUUUGCGAAACAACAUUUGCAAGCCGGGUAACCCGUACGGCAUUCGAGAUUCGUGUGAAGAUUCCCCACGGUCGGGGAAGGUUAAUACGUCCUUUACGUACGAAAUGUGCAUCGUGGAGGUGAAAGUGUUCCAAUAGUGGUCAAACCCCGUCUUAUCGUAAAAAGAUACAAGACGAAUACAAUACGAGUGCCAGUGACGGUGUAUUAUUUCUUUCGUACCGCAUACGAUUUAGGGAUACACGAAAACCAUCCUUUCCAAACACGGAAACAAAAAAAAAAAAGUUCAUUGAUCGUUGAAUUAUACGGUGUAGUUGGGGUUUUUUUUGGGUGGAGAAAUAUUCAAUUUCCUCCUGAAUAAGCUACCGAAAACGCUGCUAUUCUGACGAACAUUUGCGUGCUCUUUCCGUACCGACAUUUCCAUCGAACGUUCGUCUGCUUGAAGCACAACGAAGACACAACGAAAAGCGAAAAUGACAUUUAAGCUCGUCGCGUCGAUAGUGUGUGGAGCUCUGCUCCUAUCCACGGUUUCUGCUGUGGUGAAUAACAAUGCAAACCAAUCGAAUCAGGAAGCUCAACGUAGGGAAGCACCGUUAGCGGAUUCGUACGGACCUCCGCCAGCGACUGGUCCCGAACUGCCUGCCCCGGUCUAUGGUGCUCCGGCAGUUGCUCACUAUCCACCACCUCCACCAGAUGUGCCACCACCAGCUCCGGCUCUACCGCCGGUGCAAGUGCCUCACAAGGAGUACGGAGUUCCGGUUCAAAGCUAUGGUCCACCAAAUGUAAACAUUGAGUACGGACCACCACCAGCACCGGCUCCCAAACCCAUUUACCAUUCAUACCCCAAGCCACCUCAAUAUCAUGGACCACCACCGUCGCAUCAUAAGAAAUCUUCCUCCUUCCUGGAGCAGCUGUUCUCGACCUUUGGUUUCGGAGGAAGUGAUGACGACCAUCAUUCCCACCAUCAUCACGCUCCCAAGCCAGUGUAUGGGCCACCAUCGCAUCCGGCACCUGUUUACGGACCACCUGCGGGACCUGUACUACCUCCCAAACCUGCCUACGGACCACUCAUUUCUGCUCCACAGCCCGUCUAUGGUCCUCCAAUUCAUCAGGCACCUCCGAAGCCACUGUACGGUCCGCCGAAACCGGCGUACGGUCCACCGAUACAGUCUGGCUUCGCUGUACAGUCGUCUUCCUUCGGACAUCAGUCCGGUUCCUUCGGACACCAUCCGGGCUCACCGGUCCAUGCUCCACCAACUCCACCGGAGAUCAAGUGUGACGGAUGGAAACCUAUUGCCGGACCUGUCGUACAGCCCGAAGUACACGCGCCCGAAUCUUCGUACGGACCGCCACCAAGCGGUGACUUUUUGGCCACUCACCAUCAGAUUGAAUCCAGCGGUGUGGGCGUCAGCAGCGGAGAUAUUGGACUGCAACUACCCAAGCUGGAACAUGGACCUGUCUUCAAUUCGCACUCAGAACUCCACUCCGGACUGGAACUGCCCAAGGGUAACAGCUACGAGGUUCACUCGAACUUUAUCAGCGACUCUUACGGAGCUCCUCCAGCAGACUCGUUCCUGCCCGGAAAGUACAAACCAUCUUUUGUAAAACCAUUACCGCCUCCACCGCCACCACCCCAGAAGCUACACUUUCCACCAGCUCCCCAUUACGGACCACCGAUGCGCCAUCCCGGUCUAGGCAUCUCGCACGGCAGCGUCAGUGGAAAUCUGAAACCUUGGCCCGUUUCUGGAUCGCCUCCGCGACAUCCAAUCGCUUACCGUCCACCGGUACCGCAGGGUUUAAUCGAAUCGAUCGGCCAUGCCGUUGAGCAUCAGGAAAACUUUGGUACCAAACCGUCCUACUCCGGUGACGUAUAUCUUCCUCCACCAACGCGUGAUGUGGCACACUCUGGACCUUCUAGCCUGGAAUUGAACGCACUACCUUCGGAACAGCCCGCCAAACCGUUCCUCACCCAGCAUCAACUGCCCGAGGCGCAAGCUUACGUUCAAGAACCACGCUACCAAUCGCACGAUAUCGUGUCCGUCUCGAGUGACUGUGGACAUGGGCCAACCUCCGUGGACGUGCAGCAAUCGAUCCAAACGAAUCAACUUUCUAUUGUUGGACCAUCGGCAACGGCCAGCUACUCGGCCGAUUACAGCAACAACAUCCAGGACCAUUACGAUGGUGCGGGUUCCAGCAGACACGUGCAAACCUCCAGUUUGCCCGGUCUCGACGGUGGUCUUGGCGGGUUAGAGUUGAUUUCAGCACAAAAGUCUCAAAGCCUUUCCAUACCCGUCCAGGGACAGCAUGGCUCGUACCAGCUACAGUUCCAAUCGGCCGAUCCGCAAGGUGCCGGUUCUGCUCCCCACGAACAGAUCCUUUCCGAGGGUUUGCUGCAGUCGAUUCUGAGUGCGAUUGAACAGCCUCAGCAACAUCGAGCAGCGGAGGAGCACGAUUCAUACGAUCCCAAUAUUGAUCACAGCGAGGUGUCUGUGUUUUUGAAGAGUCCCGAAGGUCAGAAAACUCUACAAGAUCAUCCUAAUGGACAUAUAGGACAUAAACGAUGAGCUAGCACGCCAACUUGAAAAAAGGAAACAUCUCCUCCCUGCCCCCAAAAUCAUCUCCAUUGUUUAACUUAUUUCAUCCCCUAUACCAUCCUUUUAAGUAGUCGUCUCCACUGUUGAAUGCUGCCUUGUAUUGCCUUUCUGCCUCUCUCUCAGCUUAGUUGACUUAAAGCGAUCUUAAAGGACUGGUUGGAUUGAAGAAUAUAUAUCGACAGCUAGAAGCUAAAUCCUCAAAAGGAUGAUGAGAUAUUUGAAAAUGCCAGCGAGAGGAGAGUACGAGCAAGAAAGCAAUUGGUAGCAUAAAAAGAGAGAUAUGCUUUGUAAUUAAGUAUUUAAAUAUUUCAUCUACCGUUGAGCAACACCGUGCCACGGUCGUUAUUGUAUGGGUCGUAUAGGUGUGUGUGUGUAUGUGUGUGUGGUGCGUGUAAGCAUGAGCAUGUAUGUGUGUAAAACUUAUAUGAUUACUGUAAUGAGCGUAUGCUAAGUAGGUGCGAGCAAAAUGUAAACUACUUGGAAAAAUAAAAUCAUAAAUAUCGCGGGAAA